CAAACUCGCGCACUCGAUGUGGAAGGUUGAAAGUCCCCUGUACUUCUGUAUCGAGGUGCAGAUGGCAGGGAUAGUAAUGGAAGUAGAAGUAGUCUGCCUGUCUUGUCAUGGUUAUCUCCUUCCUCGUCCACCAAGACGUGGUCGAGAACAUGGCCUGGUGCGUCGAUCUCUGUGUGAUUAGUCGGCGGGACUCUUAUGGCGGAGAUUGUAAAGCAGACCGAUUAUCUCGGAUAGAAGCGAGUCAGCGUCGCGUUUACAAACCAGAUCGAGUUGUUACCGCGGCUUGGAUGGAGUCCGUCCGCAGAAUUAUCAUCGCGCUCGUGGUCGAACUCAAAGGCAUGCCAGUUCGCGUACGUGAUUACCAAGGUAGGGAGAAUGAAGCAGGUGUAGACAACCUCUGGGCGCAUGGGCAUUCUGAGGACAUCUCAUUUAUCAUCGACGACUUGCCUGCUUCGAUUGUUGGACUAUUCGUUCUGCCCGAAUGUCUAAUUCUGGACAAAGGCCGAACCACUUUGCACUUGGACCUGCCUCAGGAACCUCAUGCCAUUGAAAUAUCUGAAAAGCUGCCGAGGCAAGUGCGUGUUGCUGAGUUCACCGCACGAAUUAUCCAUUAUUCCCUUUGCUCGCUGGCGUCAAUCCAACGCUGGAGCAGAUUACACAAGAAGCGAUUUGGACGCUCGUCGUUGAGCCUGCACAAGUUGUACAAGACCGGCACCCUGAACCUGGAACCUCUAAGCUCAGGUUUCGAGAAACCGGCAUUGACAUCUGAGCUCAUUCAAAUCGGCAGAUCGUUCCACUUUCCCCCGCUCGACCCACCAGCCCUGCCGUCUACCCGAAACUAUGACGAAUCCGGAUUCUCAACCGUUUCAAACUGGGGUCACGCAAUGCAGAACGCCAACAUACUGGAGCCUUACAAGCCCGUGUGUUGGCCGAGGGUAAUCGCACGCAGCUUUGAUGAGCUCUUAUUUGGAGACAACGAUCUUGGGAUUCGAGCUCACAGAAACUGCUAGGCUGCCUCUCUCUCAUGCGUUCGAUCCGCGGCUGCGUAGUCGUGCAAGCCAGCAAGCGGUUCGUCAGGCACUUAGUGCAUGAACCUUUUGGUCGAGUGGCUCAUGCUUCAUUCUAGCGCUCCGAAGUUCGAGCAAGCGUGCAGUUUCUAGCGGCGUAUUCAGUGGAGUUGAAGUGGGAUAGGAGAUUUCCAGCGAACGUGCAGAGACAUCGGAGAGCACCUUGGGAUGGAAUUGGGUUGGUAGGUCUUUGCCGGGUUUGGGAGAGAGGUUGCGCUCGGAUUUGGAAUUUCAGGAGCCAUCGGGAAUUCCUCUACGCGAAACUGUGUCAUGUAUCGCGGCCGCGAUGUCCUCGCUCUUCUUUGUCACGCACGGCAUCUCGACAAUCAACACGUCUCAGAAAUGCCCAAGCAAUCGCCGUAGAUAUCGUAGUAAAAUCAAGACGACGCGCUAUGAUUGGCUGAUGAUUUAAUGACAC